UCCGCCUCUUCACGAAUCUAUUUCCUUUGAAACCAGGACUUGCGAUCCCAAGUAUAUAUGUUAAAAUGGAUAAAUAAAUAAAUUGCUUCAAUCCAAAAAUUAAACGAGACUAAUGUACUAUUAUUAUCCUCGGAACGAUCUGAAUCUCAUCUUCAUUUAUAUAUGUUAGUUGUUGGGAUACUGUAUCUUACAGUAACGGAGUUAUUUUGAACCCGAACGCGAUGUUUCGGCUGACGUUUGCGUGGAUUCUCUGGGUACUACUCACUGAUAUGUCAUGGGGUUUUGUGUUCGACCGACUUAAACGCUCAGGGGCAAACGCCACGGCCACUGGAAGAGCAGACCCGCAUUCUACAUCUCAAUAUGUAGCAACAUCUAGUUCCUGCAGAAACAGGUGUUUUGAGCUGGUUGAGAUGGAACCACCAAACUGUCGUUGUGACAAUCUUUGUAAGACCUACAAUAGCUGUUGCUCUGACUUUGACCGUCUCUGCCUCAAAACAGAUGGUGGCUAUGAGUGCAGUAAAGAUCGUUGUGGGGAGAUACGAAAUGAAAACCAUUCCUGCCACUGCUCAAAUGACUGUCUAGCCCGAGGAGACUGCUGCACCAACUACAAGACACGCUGCAAAGGAGACAGUUCAUGGCUACAGGAUGAGUGUGAAGACAUGAAGACUGCCGAAUGCCCUGCAGGAUUUGUGCGCGCACCACUCAUAAUUCUUUCAGUGGAUGGUUUCCGAGCUUCUUACAUGAAGAGAGGCAAUACUGUCAUACCUAACAUUGAGAAGCUGAGAAAAUGUGGAACCCAUGCACCAUUUAUGCGACCUGUGUACCCUUCCAAAACCUUCCCCAAUCUCUACUCACUGGCUACGGGUCUCUAUCCAGAAUCUCACGGUAUAGUUGGUAACUCCAUGUAUGACCCUGUCUUUGAUGCCACGUUCACCCUGAGAAGCCGAGAGAAACUCAAUCACCGCUGGUGGGGUGGACAACCAAUCUGGAUCACAGCUCUCAAACAAGGAGUCAAGGCAUCCUCCUUCUUCUGGCCCGUCACGAUCCCACUGGAACGGCGGAUACUGGCCAUGUUGCAGUGGCUCCAGCUCCCUGAAGUAGAGAGACCCUACGUUUAUGCUAUGCACUUUGAGCAGCCAGACAUAUAUGGACAUAAAAUGGGACCCAAUAGCAUCGAAUUGAAUUAUCCUCUUAGGUUGAUUGAUAGGAUCGUAGGUCAACUCAUGAAUGGACUUAAGCAGAUGAAAUUGCACCGAUGUGUCAACAUCAUCAUAGUUGGGGAUCACGGUAUGGAAGAGGCCCAUUGUGGCCAAACGGAGUUUCUCAGCAAUUACUUGACCAAUGUUGAUGAUAUCAUUCUUAUUCCUGGAUCCUUAGGCAGAAUACGCCCGAGAUUCCUCAACAACCCAAAAUAUAACCCCAGGGCAAUUGUUGCAAAUCUAACUUGUAAGAAACCAGACCAGCAUUUUAGGCCUUAUUUAAAGCAGAAUCUGCCAAAGAGACUACACUACGCUAAUAACCGACGGAUUGAGGAUGUACAUCUACUGGUGGACAGGAAAUGGCACAUUGCCAGGAAAGCACCUGAAGGGAAGAGGCUUUGUGGCUUCUUUGGUGACCAUGGAUAUGACAAUAAAAUCAACAGUAUGCAGACAAUAUUUUUGGGAUAUGGGCCUUCCUUUAAAUUCAAGACAAAAGUUCCAGUCUUUGAAAACAUUGAGCUUUACAAUGUUAUGUGUGAUCUUCUUGGUCUAACACCAGCACCCAAUAAUGGAACCCACGGCAGUCUGAACCACGUGCUAAGAAACCCUUUCUAUAAGCCUACAAUGCCAGAGGAAGUUUCAAAGCCAACCACUUCAGCUUACAUUCAUACAGGAACAGAUGACCUUGGCUGCAAUUGCAAUUACAAGUUUCGAGUAAAAAGACGGGACCAAAGGGGUUUGAAAGUGACCAUUGCACGAGGCUAUAAUCUGGAGUCACUCUGGCUCUGUUUCUUACAGAACCAAGUGGAGGAGCUAAAUCAGCGACUGAGGCAAGCUAUUGAUGACAAUAGGAAUAUGCCACACGGUCGACCUGCAGUACGAUACCAUACAAAGUAUUCCAUUCUGCACCACACCGACUAUGUCUGUGGCUACAACGAGGAUCUCGCAAUGCCUCUAUGGACUUCAUACACCAUUAGCCGACAGGUAGAAGUGUCUGCUUUGCCCGAAGUCCUGAUGAACUGUGUUCGGCCAGAUACCAGAGUCCAAUCAGCCUUCACCCAGUCCUGUACAAACUACAAGGCAGAAAAACAUGUCACCUUUGCGUUCCUAUACCCACCACAAUUAUCCACAAGCAUCGAGAAGAAAUACGAAGCCCUUUUUAUAACCAACACUGUUCCGAUGUAUCCUGCGUUCAAGAAAACAUGGUCUUAUUUUCAGAGAGUCCUUUUGAAGAAAUAUUCCACUGAAAGAAAUGGGUUGAAUGUUCUCACUGGACCAAUAUUUGAUAAUGAUUUUGAUGGUGUAAAGGACUCCACCGACAAGAUUAAAGAGUAUGCACGUGGGACAAUACCCAUCCCAACGCACUUUUUUGUGGUUCUAACCAGCUGCUUAGACUUCAGAAAGGCUGCAGAUUCAUGUGGUGGCCCCCUUAGCUCUGCUGCCUUCAUCUUGCCACACAGACCAAACAAUGAUGAGACUUGCAAUAGCUCAGAUGAGGAGUCGAACUGGGUGGAGGACCUGAUGAAGCUCCACACAGCUCGGGUCAGAGAUGUUGAAAUCCUGACAGGUCUGGACUUGUACCGUAGGACCACACGGAGUUAUGCUGAAAUCCUAUCAUUGAAAACGUAUAUGCACACUUAUGAGAGUGAGAUCUAAAGUUUUACCUUUAUAUUUUUGCUGGACUUGAACAUUUUGAUCACAUUGUCUAUGACGCGAUAUCUCAUGGAACUGCACACGAGCUUGAUUGCUUGAUUCCCAUCUCUACAACACCACUAAACUACAAAGUUUGACAUGAAUUGUAAAAGUCAGGUAGUAGUGAGGAAAAAAAAACUUGUGUCUGUUCUAUACACACACACACACACACACACACA